AAGUCUAAUAACUAUUGCAUAUAUGCGUGGUGCAAAUACAAAAAAUAAUAUAUCGUUAUAUAAGACACAUAUAAUUUCGAAUUUUUUCUUUCUCUACAUCAAAAGGAAACAACGGUUGUCUUUUCUGCGUGACCUUGUCCAAUUAUGGUGAUGCAUGGUUUGUAUGAUAUUUGGUUUUUGAUUUUGCCGUAGAAUUUGGUUUUUCUGAAAACUUGGAUGGUGAUUUAUUUAGUCGUUUUUUAAACAAAAAAAAAAUCCAAAAUGGCAACUGCUUAUAUAAAGGGGACAACUCCAAAGCUCAUUAGCAAACCAAAUUCCAAGACAUACUUAUUCUCUAAUCAUUAAUUGAAGAAAAAAUGCAGAAAGCUGUACUUAAAUUGGAUGUUCAUUGUGAAAAAAUCAAGAAAAAAGCUAUGGCGACUGUCGGUUAUAUCUCAGGAGUUGAAUCGGUAGACGUGAAGGAAGGUAAACUAACGGUGACCGGAGAUAUUGAUGCCUUUAUGAUUGUGAAGAAAUUGAAAAAGAUAUGUUAUACCGAGAUUAUCACUGUUGGGCCAGCUAAAGAACCGGAGAAGAAGAAGCCUGAGGAACCAAAACAGGAUCAAAAACCAGUACAAGUGAUUUAUCAAUACCCCUCAUCAUUUCCUCCACCUUACUAUCAUUACGAUGAUAAUCCCAAUGUUUGCCUCAUCUUGUGAAAAAGGUAAAAAUUGCACCAGAACCCAAUUCUACUAUAGCAGUCAUCAGCUUCAUAUAUAGUAGUCAUUUGCUUUAAUAUGUUGUUACUGUAUUACCCCAAAUAUUUCCAGAGAAAUUCUAAAAUAUUGUUUGAAAGAGAGAUACAAAACCUACGUCUUUGAAAGUUAUAUUUUCAACUUCAAAAACCAGAUUUUUUUUUUCACAAAACAAAAGCUUUGGUGUUUCGUUCUAAACAUGAAUUUCAAAAAUCACAAACAAAUUUGAUUAACCAAUUAGCACGUACGGUCCACUUUCGGAACAAACAAUGUUUAUGUACCGGGACACUUAACAAUAUUCCGGUUUACAAACCAUUCAAAUCAGUAGAAAAUUAGUUUCACACCAUCAACAAAAUCAUUUAUUAUCAGCAGCAGAACAAUCUCUAUAAAUAUAUAACAACACCUGAAAACGGGAAUGUUUUGGCUGUAAUCUCUGCGAUCUCAACCAAGGACAAACAAUCUCCACCAAACAACAUAUGCAAAACCAUAGUACCUGAUUUUAAUGUGUUAUUUUAUAAUGAAAUUGAGGUAUUCAAUUCAACCAAUACAUAUCGUUAUUUACCAAACCACAAACAAAUCAAAUAAUCAAUGCCGUCUCCAUUACCGUAACCAAUAUAAUCUCUCUCUAAUUAGUAUAUUAAAAUACAAAGAUUAAAACUAAAUAUAUAUUUAAAAUUAUACAUUAAAAAUGUAAAAUGACACUCUUUGUACAACAAAAAUAGAAUUCUAACAUGACACUCUUUCUGGAAGAGAGAGAUUAGUAAUUAAGUCUACCAAAAUUCAUAUAAAACAAAGUUAUAGUUCAUAUAGUUUUUUUUUUCUCAAACUCCAUACUUUUGAGUAAAACGUUUUAUAAACUGAAGCGAAAAAGUAAUAAUAAAAGUAAUACAUUUAAAUCUAAAUAUCCACAUUUUAAUUCAACACAACUAACAAUAGAAUUUGCCUAUCAUAAUGUAUCAUUUAUACGUGCCAUAUUAUAAUUAAUCUAAAACAAGAACAUCAUAAUAAACUAAUAAUAACUCUGUAAAACAAAUUACAAAAUCAAAGAAAUCCUAAUAAUAUUUCACUUUUUUUGGUUUUCAAUAUUAACUUCGAACAGGAAUUACAAAGUACAAACUACAGCUACUCCUACAAUUAUUUCUAAAUACUCGCUUUCUGGAGAAAGUAUGUAAACAAAAAUAAUACAAAAGAACCUUAGAUACAACCAAAAUAGUAUUCAAGUAUCUAGUGGCAAGUUGAGCUAAAUUUUGUAUUCAAGUGGAUACCUUAUUUUUCUUUUCUUUUUGGCUCAACAUCAAUAUUCAUUAACCCAUAAAAUGCUGAACUACAAAGGUUUAUCUUGGUUCUAGGACCAUGUCAAUCUAUUGAUAAUCACUGUUCAAAUUUUUUUAUUAAACGUACAAAUAAUAUGGUAAAAUAGUUUUACAAAAAUAAUAUAGGUCGCAAUUCAUAUUACGGUUAAAGAUAUAGAUAAAUUUUUGUAUUUGAACUGGGAUUUUAUUCACUGCUCAAUUGAACGUGCUAGAAAACGGCCAUGCUUAGCACUAUAGUGUAUAAUAACUUAGGUACAAUAUUACAUAAUUUAUAAAUGAAAAAAAUUAUAUAGCUACUCUAUCGACCCCUCCUCCAUUGCCUUCCUUUGCAUAGAAUACCAACUUGAAACCAUCAAAGCGUACUUAUUCCUCUUUCAUCAUUGAGAUGAGCUCCUUGAAACUGGAUUCAAAGAUGAUAUUCCGGUGAACAAACCUAGAGAUAUAGUGACUAUGGCCCAUUUCAUCUCUUCAACUUAUGUCAUAAUAACCGUUCUUGCCCUUAGCCUUUGUAGAGAUUUUUCUCCCAUCCACAAUAAUUUGCUCUGGUGAUUUCUUAGGACCCGGCCAAGCGGCUCCAUCAAUAUUUCACUUAAGUUCCAAAACUUUUGGGUUAUUACAUCACUUUCACUUUACGUCCCAAUACAGUUCAUAUAAGAAAAAAAAAGGAUUUUAAUGUUAUUUUAGCAGGUGUUCUUGAAAUUAGUUAAAGACCCAAGAUUUUGAUCACAUUUUACGUCCCGAUACGGUUUUAUUAUCUUGAUCCCAGUUUCCUCACGGUCAACAUGGAGCACAUGUACCACUUGUAGUCUUUGUACGAUUUGGGAUGUAAAAAAUCUCAACCAAGUGAAAAAAAAUUAUUCUUUUAUCCGAAAGAUGACUAACGCGUUGGGAGACUUUUUCAAAAAUUAAUUAUCAUGUGGAUGAAGAAACUAAAACUAAUCUACCUUAAUUUUCUCUCUCAUUAUUUAAAUUCUGAAAUAGGCCAUGAAGAUAAUCCAUUCCAUCUCGUGAUGCUUCGACCCAAAAACUAGUCCAACCUGUUUUUUCUUGUAUAUAAAGAAAAUAAACUAAAGAGGUUAAAUGCAAUGGAAAAAAAGUCUUAUAUAAAAAAAAACACAAAAUCAAUCAAAACUAAAUCAAAAUUGACCAACUAAUUAAUCAUUAAGUGGUGAGUAGCUAUCAAGUAGACAGUUCACCAAGUUUUCUAAUAAAUUUUAAGCAUGGUAUAAUUUCGAUCGACCAAGUAUGAGUGAACAUGUUCCUAAUAAAAUUCAAAUCCAGGAAAAGCGAGUUUCAACUAUAUCUCUGGAUUUUUUACCACUAGAUCACCACACUUGGGUCCUCUAAACUCAAUUUUCAGUUUUGCCAAAAAAAAAGACCUUAAGAUCCCUUAUGUAUUUUAACCCCCAAAUAAAAAAACCUUUUAUAUAUGAGUUUGGCCGAAUUGCUCACCAAACCAACAUCUAUGCCUCAUUUCCUCAUCUGGUUAUAUCUAAUUAUUUGAUUCUUGUCCACUCCAUUUAUAGACCUCUAUUUCUUUUUAAAUAAGAUCCGCCAAAUAAAACAACAAUUUCUAUAUGAAUGACUAAGUCUAAACCAAUGAUUUAACACUUAAAUAAAUAGUCUAACAUAUUAGAAAAAUAACCACAUUUGCUAUCUACGAGCAUACUUCAAUUUAUUCCCAUUUCGGGUCUUUACAUAGGGUCUCGAACAAACAGUCUAUUUAUAAAUGGUUGUGUUUCUAACAAACAAAAUAGAUCUUUAAUCAUUUAUUAACAGACCUUUUAUAAUCUUUUUAUUAAAGUAACAUAAAACAAGAAUCUAAAUAGAGUAUGUUCCGUAUUUAUGUUUUCUUAUAUUUAAAAGGCAAUCUAAGGAGAAACAAUGUAAAUCCAACAUCUUUAAAAUUUGUAAUAAAAAGGAAAACCGUUGUGAGUUCAAUCUCAGUUUUGAUUCUGAUUUUAUUUAUCGUUUUGAUGUAAUACAAAUAUUCUAAGAACAUAAUUUAAUCUAGAGAACUUGCUUGAGAAGUUCUUACGUGAUCGAAUAGGUCAACAAGGUCAACAAAUAAUGUUGUGCGGGUCGUACACGGGACCUUAUGAGUAGUGACACUUCUUCCUGUUGCUUUCGUCGUUGCAUCGUAUCGUACCAUUGAUUUUAUUUUUCAACCAGAUCCUGAUUUAAUAAAUUAAUAGAUAUUGACUCCCUUUACUCUUUAUGUGGUCGUUCGUUAUGCCUUUAUUAUUUUUUAAUAAAUACAAAACUUUUGUGGGUCAUAUAUUAAAUUCCACGUAAAUUCCUCUGAAAUUUCUAAUAUAUAAUAGACAUUUUGGGACUUGCAAUUGUCAUCAAGAAGAUUCGACAUCUCAAUCUAUCUAUCCUCUCAUUCUCUCUCUCUUUAAAAUAUAAUCGGAAAUUUCUGAAGCUUUUCUACAGUUUUCUUGAGCCAUGGCGCAGAAAUCUGUAUUGCAAUUGAGUGUUCACGAGGAAAGAAUCAGACAGAAGGCGUGGGGGACAGUUUCUCAAUUUUCAGGGGUUACUUCGAUAGCAAUGGACAAAACCGGGAAGAUGACGGUGGUUGGAGAAGUUGAUGUAGCGAGAGUCGUGAGGAAGCUAAGGAAGAUAUGUAACGCAGAUAUCGUUUCGGUGGAAGUUGUUAAACCACCUGAGAAAAAGCCUGAACCGGCUAAACCGGCUGCACCUAAACCGGCUGAAGUUAUUGCCGUACCGGUUCAGUGGCACCCGAACCAAUACCAAUACCAAUACACUUCUGCCUAUGCAGAUUCUCACUAUCAGUAUCCAUACGCGAUGUCUAAAGUUGUGGUGGAGGAACCAAACCCUGGUUGUGUGAUUAUGUGAUUUUUUCUAGAUUUGUUUCAAAUAAUGUUAGUUAUGUAUCACUUAAUUUUGAUGGAAGAGUGUGUAUUCUUUUGGGUUACUUGCUGUAAUAUACAUUUCUUGUAUGAUCGCUUAUUUUGAAAAACAAAAUAUCAGUUUCUGUAUGAUAAAUUCAAGCUUUAUACGAACUUUUUUAAUCAUCUAGUAAUAAUAAUUAGUCCUUUUUUCCUCCCGGUUUCAUUCACGUAGA